AAAGUCAUAAAGCUGUCAGAAAUGUUCCGAAAGAAAGAAAAAGGGAUUGGAAUGUAAUUCAUCAGCUGACAAAAUAUUGUAAACAAUCGAAUUAUUUCAAUGAAAUGACAAAGAAUGUGAUCUGUUUUAUUCAAGACAAAAGCUUUCCUUUACCACUAAACUAGGUUACACACAGAUAGGAAUGGCUAUAUUCUGGUAGCAUCAGGUAGUAUCAGAUAAAGAAACAGUCAGGGGAUCUUACUAAAAACAUGAGUGUGGACAGAUAAAGAAACAGUCAGGGGAUCUUACUAAAAACAUGAGUGUGGACAGGACUCUGAGAAAAUGCAGAUUUCCAGGGAGGAAGUCAACAAAAACUGAAAUUAUAGAACCUAAAAAUAAAACUCAUGAAACUGGAGAUAAUAGUUCUGAAGAAAUAGGUCAAAUGAUGACAUACAAAGGACAAGGAGACACAGUUGUGACAGGUCAAAUGAUGACCUACAAAGGUCAAGGUGAUUCUAGUGUGACACCUCAGGGCAGCAGAGGAUCAUAUGAGACUGAACAUGAUAAUUAUAUUUUUAUCAAGUUUAAGAAUGACAGUGAUUUAAAACUUUCGGACAAGAGCCAUUUUACUCUGCAUCCUGACAAUGAAGCCUCCUCCAGUAGUCAUAGCGAUGCAGGGAGGUAUGACGAUGAGAUGAUACCAGAAAACUUCAUGGUCGAUUCAGAUGACGAUGAGGACGAUUCCAACAUUGACGAUUAUGAUGCCGAAGCUGAGGAAUUCAAUUAUAUUAAUGAUCACUUUAGAAAUAUCUUUGAUCAAGAUGAUAGUAUGAUUCAGCAAUUUCUAGAAGAUAUACAAGGACUAGAUAUGGAUUUUGAUGGUCCGAUUCCUUGGCCGAUGAGACAAAUGCUUGAUGGACAAAAACAGGAUCCUCAAUAUCCAUGUAGUAGUAAAAUAAAAGGAAGUUGUGAAAUCUGUCUGACAGAAAACAUUGACACCAGAAAGAGGCUAUGUUGUAGUGUACCUGUUUGUGAGAACUGUAUGCAGGAAUAUGUAAAAAAUGAAGUUGAACAAAGAAAUGUCCGUUUACAAUGUAUUAACUGUGACUCUUAUGUUCAUAGAGAUGAAAUUCUGGCUUUGUUACCGACAGAAUUGAAAGAUAAAUUUUACCGAUUUUUAAUCGAAGAAAAUAAAGAUCCCAAUGUGAAAACUUGUCCUCGAUGUUGUUUACUCCAAAACAAAAGUGACAUUUUACCGACUUCAUCACCUGAAACGUUGAAAAAGAAAAAGAAAAAUUCAGCAGGAGGUCUAAAGGUCAUUUGUUCACGAUGCAGUUUAACCUGGUGCUAUGAUUGUCAUGCUCCUUGGCAUGAAGAUGUCAAGUGCAAAGAGUUCAAAAAGGGGGACAAGCUGGUAAAGAACUGGGCUAAAGAGUUGAGUUAUGGUCAAAAGAAUGCUGUCAGAUGUCCUAAAUGUAAGGUAUUUAUCCAGAAGAAGAGUGGCUGUAGUCACAUGACCUGUAGGAAUUGUAACACAAGUUUUUGUUACCGCUGUGGAGAUCGGUACAUACAGAUGAAACUGAUUGGUAAACACAGUGACAGAUUUAGUCCGUUUGGAUGUAAAUAUAACUUACUACCAGACAAGCCAAUGGCUAGAAAGGCAGUCAGAGGGAGUGUCCUUGGUGCAAAGAUAUUUGGAGGUGUUUUGCUUAGUGGUUUGAUUGUGGCAGCCGCUGCAGUGUUUAUAGGUGGCAGUGUCAUCUUUGUGCCGACUUAUUUUGGCGUCAAAUAUUACCACCAUCGUAAGCGACAGAAAUGGAUCAGAAACCACAGAAAACAGAGAGAGGAACAAAACAGAGUCAGAACAAAGGCACAACUAGCUGCAAGAAAAACAGAAACGAGAGAUGUAGAAAUAGGAAUUCCUUAUACAGAUCACAGUGACACCAUGACCUCUACCGAGAGCAGCUCUUCUAGUGGUCGCCAUGGUUCCACAGAGGUCAAAGUUUGGGUCCAUUCUGAGAAUGAAGAGAAACCAUUAGAUGUUGUUAAGUACAAAUCUCAAGAACAGCAGACGACAUCUAGUAUCCAUGACAACACAGUAACAACUGCUGAAGUGACAAUGGAAGAUGAUUUGGUGGUGCUCCAUGUUAAAACAACAAGUAAAAUAACAUCAGGAGAAGGUGAUCAGUCUGAACAGGAAGUAGAUGGCAGCACUGAUCAAAACUUUGUUGAUGAGAAAAGUUUGUUUGAAAAUUCCAAUGAUACAAAGGAACAUAAAGUUGUAACUGAGAUAAAUGUGGACACACAAGGAUGUUUUGUCAAAAUUCUUGGUAAACUUCCUGUCAAAUGGGAAAAAGAAGAAGAAAAAGAUGUUAAACUGAAAGAAAAUGGAGGUUCUGUUAAACCUGCUAUUGUGAAAGAAAAGAGAAGAAGAAUAGGUACAAGGAGAGCGAAAAAUCUGGAUCAUCUAAACGUUUCAGAUUCUGACAAAGUAGAGAAGUGUGAGAAAGCAGAUGAUCAUGAACCGAGUAAUGAUACAAGUGACGAUAUAUCUGAAAUCCAACAAGUUAAAAAAAUCUGUGAUCAAAUGGACCCAUAUUAUGGAUUGGUUUCCAUGGAAACCUGUGAUACUGGAUUCUAGUAGUUGUCUUUUCUGAUGUCUAUUUGAUUAUGCAGAGAUUGUGUUUUAU